AACAACGUAAUCAUGGGGGCGGUCCCUGUUAUUCCGAGGUGGCACCAAUGACAUCACAUCCAGUAUAAAUAGAGGAAGUGAAUCAGCAUUUCCUCCAUUCCUUUUGUCUGGAGCACAUGGUGUGGUAAUUAUCUUCAAGAACUGUAUUUAGAGGGCCAGGAGACGGGGCUCAAUAAGCCACACAGAAGUUCACACAACCGUUCAACUGAGGAGUCCCGUGGGUGUCUCUUUAUUUUUGCAGAGGUUUAAAGACUCCUCUUUAUCUGCAAUCAUGAUCCAAUUGCUGAGCGUAGCCAUUGUUGCAGGGUUGUUCUUUGAAAGCAACCAGCAGACAGCCAGAGGGUCUGACUUAGUUUUACUCCCGAAACCAGGAUGCUGGACAGACUGGUUUGACAGAGAUGAUCCCUCUGGAACUGGAGACUGGGAAACCCUCUCUCAUCUUCGCAAUGAGUACCCAGGAAAGAUCUGCUCUAAACCAGUAGAUGUUGAGGCGAGAACUCUAUCUGGUCUCACUGUGGCUGCAGCAGGUGAUGUGAUUUAUCUAAGUGACACCACUACAGGAUUUGUCUGCAGGAACGAGGACCAACCCAGGAAUAAGAUGUGUAAUGAUUAUCGUGUUCGUUUCAGCUGCCCUCCCUCUUUCUGUAAAGGAUGCUGGACAGACUGGUUUGACAGAGAUGACCCCUCUGGAACUGGAGACUGGGAAACCCUCUCUCAUCUUCGCAAUGAGUACCCAGGAAAGAUCUGCUCUAAACCAGUAGAUGUUGAGGCGAGAACUCUAUCUGGUCUCACUGUGGCUGCAGCAGGUGAUGUGAUUUAUGUAAGUGACACCACUACAGGAUUUGUCUGCAGGAACGAGGACCAACCCAGGAAUAAGAUGUGUAAUGAUUAUCGUGUUCGUUUCAGCUGCCCUCCCUCUUUCUGUAAAGUGUGCUGGACCAAGUGGUAUAACCGGGACGCUCCCAGUGGAACAGGGGACUGGGAGACUUUGACUAACCUGAGGACAGAAAACCCAGGACAAAUCUGUGACAGCCCACUGUCCAUUGAAGCUGUUACCACUGACACAUUGACCCCAGCCCUCUCCACAGGGCAGACCUUCUUUAUUUACAAUCAAAAUGAGGGAUUGGUUUGCCGCAAUACAGACCAGAAAUCUGGCUUGUGCCGUGACUACAAAGUUCGGUUUGGGUGCCCAUGCUAAGUCCUGACUCCACAGCAAACGCUGCGAAGGAUAAGACCUUUCUCAAUUUUCUCAGAUUUUUCUUGUCAUUUCUUUAUAACUUGCGCUUUCUGAUAGAAUGCAUUUAAAUUGAAUUCAGACAUAGAUUAUUGUAUUACUUCUACCAUAUUGUAAGUGUCUUUACUGAUAAAAGGUUGAUUAUGUGCUUUAUCAGUCUUUUCUUUCCAGUAAUUUGUGAAAUCAUUAUCUAGUAAUGUAAAAUGAAUUAAUAUUGUAAUAUGCUUGCAUGGAGUUAUGAUUACGUGUGAGCAUGCAGACGUAUGAGUUUUCAACAGAUGCUGGGAACGACUUCAUUGAUGGUGUCAAAUCCCAACAGGAUAAGCAUAACUGGCAGGGUUAGCCUCACAAUUUACCUUUUUUUUAGUUUUACUUUUUUCCAGUUAUAACAUUGUGGGACCUCUGGAGAUUUCCACCCAUAGUUUACAGCUUGUUCCACUGCCCCUAGGUUGGGUGGUUCCAGUUUGCAUGACUUAUUACCUGGGUCAGAAUGUCACUAUCUUCUGGAACUGUAUUUAAGUAGAGAGAAGUAUACAUAAGCCACACAGAGAUUUUUUGACUGAGAAGUCGUGUAGGAAAGUCUGUUGGUUUUGCAGAGAGGUAACAGGAUGUCUCUUCUGAGCUUAAUGUUUUUAAUUCCAUGUAAUUUCAUAGAUAUUUAACGGUUUAUAUUAUGAAAUGCUAUUUUUGUGAAUUUGUUUUAACCCUCUGAGGUCUAAGCCAUUUUUUCCCAUCUUUGGUUUGCCUGGUCUCGUAUAACCUCAACCCUGUGAUGCACAAUCAAGUUAUAUACAUCAUUGAUUUCAGGAGAACCUGCGCUCUCAGGAUAUGUAUGCUGCAGGGAUGCCGCAUGAAUGUAUACAUUGUUAGGACUAUACAGACAGUAGAAAAGACUAAACAGAAAUGUAUUUAAAUCUUUUGGCUUUUGGAAAGUGUUCUAGGUGUUGGGGAAACAGAAAUAAACUCUAACAAAAGUAUAAAA